AAACAUCAUAAAAGUUUUAUAUAACAACGGAAGGACUCAUUUUCACAGCAGAGUGCAUUAGUCAACACGUUUUCUUGUGGAGUAUAAAUUAGACUCGUCAGUCAAAUCGUAUUCAGAAUACCAUCACGAUGAUGCUCUGGAAAGUAUGGCCAGCAGUCUGAGGAGAUAUCAAAGAACUUAAAAAGUUGUUCCACAAUGAGAUGCUCAACAACUCAGCCAGCUGCUCAAAUUGAAAAAUGGACAGAAGAGGAAGUCCACCGCUGGCUGACGACAGAGGUCAAAGUACAUGAGACUUGUGCAAAUAAGUUCACUGAAGAGGAAGUGUCAGGUGACUCUUUAGUUGCCUUUACAAAGACAGAUAUAUUGGACUUGGGAAUAAAACAUGGUCCUGCUGUCAAAAUCAUAUCAUAUCUUGAAAGCCUGAAAGAUGGAUCACAACGUAAAGACUUCCCAGCAUUUGUGGACUGCUGGACAAAGGAGCAAGUAAGCCAGUGGUUACUGCAGCAUGUGAAGGUUUACCCCAGAUAUGCAGAGUGGCUCAGAGAAGAAGAUGUGUCUGGAGAUUGCCUUGUUUGCUUCAAGAAGCAAGAUUUUCUGGACCUGGAAGUCAAAAGUGGUCCUGCUGUUAAGAUUCUGGCACAACUCGAUCAGUUGAGCAAAAACCCAGAGCCGACCCUGAAACCAAUCCCUCAUACCAGCUCUGAUCAGAAAGAAUCUCCAAACCCCCAUCAAGCUGAAGUCAGUCAGGCUCAGACUGCAGCAUCUAACCAAGCAGAACCAAAUGAAUUAAAAACAGACCAAAAGGUGGCAAAUGAGUCUGGAAGGGUUCAACCGCAGUUCAAGACAGGUUCACUGGUGAAGAAAACUCAUCAGCCAAAGGCACAGAACUUGGAGGCCAGGAGGACAGAAAUGGAGACCCCAGUACUUUCAGAAGUGCCCAAUAUAACUGUGAUGAUCCAGGAAACCCUGGACAAACUUUAUAAAGAAGACCUUAAAAAGUUUCAUUUCCACCUCGACCAGUACACAAGAUCCAAGAAAAAACCAAUUCCUCAGAGUAAACUGGAGGGCAAGGACACCAUGGACACAGCAAAGUUAAUGACCGAAAACUACGUAGGCGGUGAAGCUUUGACAGUUACGAUUGAAAUUCUAAAAGAUAUCAGACAAAAUAACCUUGCUCAUCAGCUGGAAAACCAAAUGGGUGGACUGCAGCAGCACUGUCACUCCAAAAUAGUGGUAAAGAAAGAAGCUAACCAGGGUGACAAACUAAAGAACUUGGUAACUUGUGGUGGGAACUCACUGGACAACUAUGACUAUUUUGUUAUUGUCGUAAACAAGAGCAGUGCAGAACAAGUGCAGUACCUCCAGUUUUUGAAUAAGUUGAAACUUUUCUGUGUGUUAGACUUUGAUCCAAACUCUAAUACUCCAGAAGGACUGUGUCACUCCUAUAGAGACUCAAGGUGGGCUAACCUUCAUACCCCCUCACAAUAUCAAGGACAGAUUGACUCAGUCAUAAAGGACCUUAACCUCUACAAACAGACCAGCUGGAUCUUCUGCAAUGGGAGACAUGACCUUGAUAGUGACUCAAGUAAGGAGUUGGACUACUGGAACUGGUUGAGGGAUUCUUGCAGUGAUGUAGAGCAAAUGGUUUCAUUCAUCUGCCACCCUGAAGUUCUUCUCCAUGGAAAGAGUCUCAUUAUAUUCCUCCUUCUCUCACCUGUGCACUCUGAGGAAGACCCCAUUUUUGAGACCUACAGGGCUUUCGUGACAAAGAAGAAAGAGAAAAUGAUCAUUCAUAUUUCUGAUUCUCAGAGCACAUUGACCCAAUGUCCAUAAACGAGCUGAGUCUCAGUGAGGUCAACGGAACAAUAAUGGCUCUUGGACCAUUCAGUGAGUCAUCUGAAAGGCUGCUUCCAUCCUCUGACUCCAGCUUUGUUGUUCUGAAAAAGAAGGAUGAAGACUGCCUGACAGCUCUGGACAUUUUGUGUCUGAACCAGUGUGAAAAAAUUUAUGAAGAAAACAGUUCAGAGUUUCAUGCCAAAAAAAAAAAAGUUGAGGCAGAAUUCUACAGAGGAGGCAAAGUCAAAUGGUGGAACUUCUACUUCUGUGAAAAAGACAAACAGAAACCAUUUAUCAAGAGAGACAAGUAUGAAAAUGUGAAAAAGAUGAUCAUGAGUGAGAUAAGAGAGUCAACAAACGUGUGUACUCUGCUCAAUCUGUUUCACGAUCCCGGCUGUGGUGGCACCACUUUAGCAAUGCAUGUAAUGUGGGAUCUCCGAAAGGAGAUAAGAUGUGCAGUGCUGAAAGACAAUGAACUGCCGAUGACAGAGGUUGCUGUCCAAGUUGUGAAACUCAUGAAGCUAGAAAGCGAGAAACUGUGUCCAGUUUUGCUGUUAGUUGAUGACUCAAAGGAAACAGAGCAUCCUUACGAGCUUGUAAACUACAUCCUUCAAACUUUCUCUAACAUGAAUGUGGGAAACGAACAAAGUUGUAGAGUCAUCAUCCUCAACUGUGUUCGUUCCCAUAACCCAAAGGAGCAAUACAAACGGCACAACCCAAGUCAAUACAUCACUGCCUCCUUGACUCUAGAAGAACAGCAGGAGUUUGAAAAGAAACUCAAAGAGUUGAAAGAAACUCAUGACAAACCUGAAAACUUUUACAGUUUCAUGAUCAUGAAGAGCAAUUUUGACAAAAAGUACAUUGAGGAUCUUGCCCGAAACACCCUGGAGACCUUUGAUUCAAGCUCAAAGAAGGACCAACUUUUUGCCUUCAUUGCGUUACUUAACACCUAUGAGGCAGAGUCAGAAAUCUCAUGCUCCCUUUGCGAGGAUUUUCUUGGCAUGAAAACAUUUCGCAGGCAUGAGGAAAGUGCACUGGACAGAAUGGAGCCAUACUCAAACCUUCUCAUCAUAGACAGAGUUGAAAAUUUGGGAGAAUACAAAGGAAUCCGAAUCCUUCAUCACUCCAUAGCCUCUGCCUGUCUAGAAGAGUUGGAGAGAAGCUACUCUUUGAAAGUGAGUGAUAUCACUGUGGACAUUCUACAGUGUGACCUGUUCUUCAGCCAUGGAGUUGUCAAGCAAAGACUUAUGGACUCAGUUCAACGAAUGCUGAUUGUAAGGCAACACAAGAAGGAUGGUGUUGCAAGAGAACCAUUUUCUCCUUUAAUACAAAAAAUUCAGGGUGAGGAAGGGAGACAAACUGUUCAACAGGUCUUUGAGAAAGCAUCAUCCAGGUUUGAAAAAAGUGCAUCUAUUCCUCAGGCACUGGCAAGAUAUUUGUACAUCAGAGAGCGUGACUUCCCAGAAGCUCUGAAAUGGGCUGAAAAAGCCAAAAACAUUAAAGGAAACUCAUACACAGUUGACACAAUAGGGCAGAUUCACAAAAGCAAUUUGAAGAGUAACAUCCAGAGAGAAAAGCAGGAGACGUCAUGCAAUCCAGAAGACUUAAACACAAACAUCAAAAUAGCUAUUAAUGCUAUCACUGCGUUUAAAAAGGCCCAAGAGCUGACAAAUGCAGAGGAUGAACCUGAGGAGGAAGCCACUGAUGAUGAGUCAGAUGACUACCCCACUAAGUCAUACAAUGUAAAAGGCUAUGUGGGUCUGCUAGAAAUUGCAUUCCUGGUCUUUGAAAUAUUGAGCAGAUUGCCAUUUUUUGAAAAAAGUGUUCCAAUGAAGAGGACAUAUUUCCAAAGCUUCCUUAAAAGAACAAUCCCGAUCUCCAGCGUGCAUAAAGAGGACAACGAGACAAACAACAGGAUCGCGGAGAUCAUCAAAGGACACGAACAUUUUCUUCAACAUCUGAAAAUCGAGGCAAAAGAAACAUUUGACCUUCUUGAUAGUUACUUCACAUAUGUAAAAAGGAGAAUGUCAGAAUUCCAGUCAAUGAACCACAGGAUUGUCUGUAAUCUUUUUAAAGAGUAUGUUAGUCUCUUUUGCACCGAACCAGAGGAAAUGAAAAGAGAACAACAGAACCACCCUGAUAUCAAUCUGAAAAUCAAAACUGAAGAACGAAGACUGUAUCUUGAGAAGAAUCAAGCAGACACAUUUUCAGGAAUACUUCAGCGUUUGGACAAAUCUGUUGAGGAGAUUGAGAGGAUCACAGAAUGCUAUGCAUUCCUGCAACACCAACACCAAUACUUCAACAAAAAGCAGAAGACAAAGGAGACAAUCAAUUACAUUCUGUCCAACAUUGUUCUUCAUCUUUUGAAACCAAACUCCAAACAUGUAAAGAGCAUCAGCCACCUCUCUGACCUGCUUUUAACAACUCUGCAAGAUGUUGGGCGUGGAUAUCAUUUCCCCGACCCAUACUACCUGGCAUUGCUGUUGUUCUGGCCAAGUUCAACAGAGGUAAAUACCGAAAUCUUAACUUAUGUAAGAUCAAUUCGAAAUUCUUCUUACAAGUACCUCAAGUCGUUUCAAAAAAGGAGCACUGUUGCCUACCUAUACUUGGGAAAAGAAGAAGGGCUCAAGAGGCUUGUUUCAAAGCCCCAACUUGACAAGAACUUUAAGAUACCCCCUAAAACCUUGGCGCAACUCUGGCGGACUGGAGACAUUUUUAAAGAAAAAGGAAUCAUCAAACGUCUUCAGCGAAUCAGAGGAACCAUUGAGCAGGGAGAAGUGUUUGCCUGCUAUGGAAAACUGAAAAUCCCUGUGCGUCCUGCUCACGUUGGCCAUGUUAGCAGUGGUCACAGCACAGAAAGAAUUUCUUUCUAUCUCGGUUUUGCAAUCAAUGGACCCCUUGCUUAUGACAUCCAGUAUGAAAACUAGGAUGGUAAACUGCACAAACAAGUGCUACAUGCACUGACACUGGCACUGCUUAAAAGUUAGGUGACUGACUGUGAUGAAAUCUGAGACCCACCUCAUAAAUACAAAAAACAAACAACUACUGCAAGGAAAAUGUAGCUAUAGUUCUAAAUGUAUGCUUUGAAUUGUUUUGUUCUAACCUUCCACUCAUGUCUUUUAAGUGUUUUAUGUAUAAGACAGUGUUUAUAUAUAUUGUAUAUAGUAUUUAGGAGUGUAUUUUCUGCAGUUUUUGUUUAUUUUGCAUUGUUUUGUUAUGAGCUGAUGGAAAUGUAGCAGUUCCAGCAAAAAAAAAAAAGUUUUUAUUUGCCUACAACUGUAAACAUCAAUACACUAGUCGAGCAUGGUUGAUUACAAGGAAAUAAACUGUACAAACAAGUGCAAUACAAGCACUGAGGGGGAAGUCCUUAAAAACGGUGAUUCACUCUGAUGGAAUUUGAAAGAUCUCUUUGGUAAACAAGCAAACAAAGAUAUCAGAGCCAUAUGCCUUUCCUGUAGCUUGUUUAUGUUUAAUGCUUUUUACUCCCAGUUUUUUAAACAAUUGUUUACCAGUCAAUGAUGUCACUCAAGUUGUUCCUGUACAUAUGUUCCAGCCUUUUAUGAACAAUUGAGAUUAAUUUUUUCUAGUUGCCUCUUGCAGGUGUGACAUAUUUAUUUAGCAUUUUUUUUAUCUGCAGGUGUUUAAAUGUAUACAGUAUUUAAGUAGUGUUUAUUACAGAAACUAAAUUGUAAAAAUACAAGCACAGAGGAGAAACCCUUGGAAAAAUGUUUCUUACUGUGAUGGAAUUUGAAACACACCUCAUAAAUAAUUAAGCAAAUAAUGUUUUUUCAUUCCAUAAACUUUUUCUAAAUGUCAAUGAUGUAACUUGAGUGGUUUAUGAAUAUGUUUUUAUAUAUGGACAUUUUUGAUAUGAACCUUUUUUGAACACUUGUUUUCAGUUUUCUGAGGCAUUCUUGUUCUUUGUUGUCAUUUUUUGUUGCCUAUUUGUGAUUCCAGAUGUGGUGCAAUUACUCAAUUGUUUCCUUUAAAAUAUGCAAGUGUUAUAUUAGUUCAGUAGGAGAGCAAAAUAAUUGUAGAAGUGUAAAUUGUAUAUCCUGUCUACUUUUAUUUCUUAAAUAUUUCAUCUUUUAAAAAACUUUUUGUUCUUGACAUAUACUGUAAUUAAAAUGUUUACUCAAUUUAUUGACAAAGAGAUAAAGGAGUCCUAGCUCCUGAAUCCCAUGAGAACUAUCUGGUGUUUAAUACACUUUGUUUUUGUUGAACUAUAAAGCAUAAUUAAACAAAGACUAGCAAAUAUGAACAAAAUGGAAAGUUAUUUCUGUCAUUGUGAAAUAAAAAUACACUGCUUUUGCAUUCUUC